AUGCCAGAAGCCAGGACCUCCUGCCACGACCUCACGCGAUGGAAGAAGCCGCCGGUGCGCCGCACGGUCAGCCAGAUCUGCCCGCCCCCGCGGCGGCCCCUGACCGUGGCCGACAUCCAACCGGGCAUGGAGAACGAGAGGCUGGGGGUCGUGCGAGAUUCCAUGUUUCAGAACCCGCUCAUCGUCAAGGCCGCGGGCCCUACCUCGGUAGAGGGGACCUCUUAUUCCUUCUCCACAGUCUGGAAAUGUACCCCUUCCCUUGUGGGUCACCAUUUUAAUGGCGGUCCAGCCGCUGAACUUGGGAAGCCCCGGGAAAGAAGCUGCAGUCUGCCUGGAAUUAAUUUUAAUUAUGGGCUCUACAUCCGGAGGCAGGAUGGAGGGGUCCCUGAAGCCAUUGGACACUGGAAUGUAUUUAAACAGCAGCCUACCUGCCCCCAUGAGCUGAGCCGGGAUUAUAUCGCCAUGAACCGUGGGGCAGUAAAAGCUGGCCUGGUAACUGCCCGGGAGAAUUUCCAUUACCGUCAGCUCAAUGACAUCCGCAUCAGUGACCAGGAUGACCGGCGCCUCAAGAAGGAACCGCCCUCUCUCCCUCCGAAUAUGACAUUCGGGAUCCGAGCACGGCCUUCCACCCCCUUCUUUGAUCUGCUGCAGCAUCGGUACCAGCAGCUAUGGGUGCAGGAACAAAAGGCCAACCAGAAAGCCAUUAAACUGGAGAAAAAGCAUAAGGUGAUCCUUGGGAAACUGUACGAGACCCGGAGCAGUCAGCUGAGAAAGUUCAAGCCGCCCGUGCAGCUGGACGCCCCCUGGCACGUGCCUCACUUCCAGAAGGUGGGCCCCCAUCUCGAUACCUUCCCCACCGAGGCCCAUCGCCAGAGAGCCUUCAAAGCCCACCGGGAAGAGUGUGCCGUGCGCCAGGGGACCCUGCGGAUGGGCAACUACACCCACCCCUAA